UGGACUGUGGGAAGAGGAGCGAGAGAGCAGGGAGAUAAUGCGAGUGGGCGAUUGGAGGGGAUUGAAAAGGGGCCCAAGACCAGAGAUGAGUGCAGAGAUUAAGGGGAAUAGAAAAGAGGAAUCCUGGGCCGGAGAGUAAAUCAGAGAGGAAGAAAGAGAGGGUGAGUUAGAAAGUUGUGAGGGAGGCAGAACAAGGUUCUCGGUGUUGCAGAGAAGCAGUUUAAAGCAGGACUAAGUGGCCGUGACGAAGCUCCACUCGGAUGCCAACUCACACAAAUGCACACUGCGAUCCAGUCAGCCCAUUGAGAAACACAGUGUCUCUGAGGAGAAGUGGGAACUGCAGCUAGCGGACUUGUUUUGAUGACUCUACUUGAAGGUUGACGUGUCACCAUGACAACAGAAGCAGGCUCUGAGACGGAGGUGAAGGAGAAAGCAGAGGAGUCAGCUGCUCAGCCAGACCAAUCAGAGAAGGCCGCGGAGGAAACCAAGGAAGUAGCGAACGCCGAGGGAGAGGAGAAGGAGAAAGAAGGGAAAGAGGGCAAAGGAAUAUCUCGAUACCUGCCGACAUGGCUUAAGAAGCAGAAGUCUCAAAGCCAGACCUCUCCGACGAAGGAGGCGCCGCCCACAGAGGAGCCUGUUGCCAAGGUGACGCAGGAAGAGGAGGGGCCUGCCCCGGAAGUGAACGGUCACGCAGAGGAAGUGGAAGAGAAGGAGGAAGUAAAGUCGGAGCAAGUGAAGGAAAAGGAGGCAGAAUCUCAUUCCAACGCCAGUGCAGACACCGAGCCUGCCAAGGAAGAGAAGGUGGACGAGAGCACUGAGAAAAGUCCAGAAGAAACCGAGAAGGAGGCGACAGAAGGAGAAGGAGCCGAGGAGGAGAAGACAGAGGAGCAGGAAGGAGAGAAAGAAGCUAAAGGGGGAGGAGGAGAAGAAGGCCAGACCUCCAUUUUUCAGUCUCCUCUUCGCCUGGUGAGGAAGAACAAGAUGAAGCUGGUGGUUUGUCACGUGACCCUCCUGGACGGGACCGACUUCAGCUGCGAAGUCGAGAAACGUGCAAAGGGUCAGUUCUUAUUCUUCAAGGUGUGUGAGCACCUCAACCUACUGGAGAAAGACUACUUCGGUCUGACGUACAUGGACAGCCAUGAAGAGAAGUGUUGGUUGGAUCCCACGAAAGAAAUCAAGCGACAGAUACGCAGUAACAACUGGCAGUUUGCGUUCAAUGUCAAAUUCUACCCUCCCGACCCCUCACUGCUCACAGAGGACAUCACCAGGUACCUUUUGUGUCUGCAGCUCCGUGAAGAUGUCGCCUCUGGACGGUUGCCGUGUUCAUUCGUGACUCACGCUCUGCUGGGCUCGUACACGUUGCAGGCAGAGUUUGGCGACCAUGAGCCCGACCAGCCUCGCCCUCUCGACUACAUCAGUCAGGCGACCUUUGCUCCAAAUCAGAACAAAGAGAUGGAGGAGAAGAUUCUUGAACUCCACAAGUCCCACAGGGGAAUGACACCAGCUCAGGCCGACGCCCAGUUUCUAGAAAACGCCAAGAAGCUUUCGAUGUACGGGGUGGACCUGCAUCACGCGAAGGAUUCAGAGGGUGUGGACAUCAUGCUAGGUGUGUGUGCCAACGGCCUCCUGGUUUACAAAGACAGGCUUCGGAUAAACCGCUUCGCUUGGCCCAAAAUACUGAAGAUUUCAUACAAGAGGAACAACUUCUACAUUAAGAUCAGACCAGGAGAGACGGAGCAGUUUGAGAGCACAGUGGGAUUCAAACUCCAGAACCAUCGAUCUGCCAAAAGGCUGUGGAAAGUCUGUGUGGAGAAUCACAGUUUCUUCAGGUUAAACGCACCAGAACCUCCCACCAAGGCCCGCUUCUUGACUCUGGGCUCCAAGUUCCGCUACAGUGGACGCACUCAGGCCCAGACCCGCCUGGCCAGCUCCCUCAUCGACCGGCCGGCGCCCAACUUCGAACGCACCUCGUCGAAACGCAUCAGCCGCAGUUUGGACGGAGCUCCUGUAAUCAGCAUCACUGAGGCCACAGCUGAGAACGGACGGGAGCCACAUCUGGAGCUUCAGUCAGACUCAAAGAGUCCAUUGAGAGUGCAUGGGGACAAUAUUUAUGUGAGGCACAGUAAUUUAAUGUUGGAGGACCAUGAUAAGACCCAGGAGGAGGUUCUGAAACACCAAGCUAGCAUUAGCCAGCUAAAACGCUCCUUUAUGGAGGCGCCUCCUCCUUCUCCUCCUCAGCCCAACCAGUGGGAGAAACGUCUCACCUCCUCUCCUGCCACAUCGAUACGUAUUCAGCAGCAACAAGUGAGUCUUGAGGAGGAGAUAGCUUCUGUACUGUUCAGUAGACACUCCGCUGCCGGCUUUCAUUCGGCCGACGAAACCGACUGCAGUGUUCCUGAAGCAACACUAGAUGCUGUUAUAUGUUCAGCUUCUGCUGCUGUCUGCAGUUCUUCUUCGCCACAAAAGCUUCUUAUUUCCUCAACAAUGUCUGCUGCUGAGGUCGUCGAGCCCCAAACAGAAGCAGCUCCAGCCGAUAACACGAUCUCUGAUACCAAAGAACCCGCGAAGACGACCGAAGUCGAAAUCGAGGAAACUGUUGUCGUCCAAGAGGUUUCCAGGGUGGCCAAACCUGGCGUUGUCACGGUUACGGCCGGUCUUCCUGCAGCAGAGCAGGAAACCAGGAAGCAGGAAGUGAGAGUGGUGGAGGAGGAAGUAAUGCUCAAAGAGGAGGAAGAGGAGGUGAAACCGACGAAGCAGGAGAGCGUUUCGUCUGAAAGCGAGAGUGAAGAGGAAGCAGAGUACCAUCCGAACAUGCCCAUCGCUCAGAUCCCAGAGGAGAAGGAAGAUGAGGAAGAGCAGGAGGAGACGACGAAGAAGAAGGAGGAAGUGGAGGAGGAUGUUUUGGUGCUGGAUGCUCCUUCGAUUCCAGCAGAAGAAGAAACCAACCGAGCUGAAGACGACAUGAAAAAGAUCGAGACCGAAGAGAGCACCGAUGAUCCCAUGGUGACGCCCGACGAAGCUCCCAACGGCAUCCUCCUGCCUGAAGAGGGCGUCACUGCUCCCGCACUGGAAAAGGAGGAGCCUAAAGUGAACGGAGAAGCCUCAUUGGUGGAAGCAGAGCCGCGGCCGCAGGUUAUUUGUUGCUCUGAGCCGCCGGUGGUAAAGACAGAAAUGGUGACUAUAUCAGACACGUUUGCGGCCCAGAAAACUGAGAUAGCAACAAAAGAAGUGCCCAUCGUACAUACGGAAACCAAGACCAUCACAUACGAGGCCGCACAGCUGGAUGGUAAUGGAGAUGGGGAGCCUGGAGUGUUGAUGACGGCUCAGACAAUCACCUCCGAGUCUCUGUGUACUACAACAACCACACACAUUACCAAGACGUUAAAGGGCGGUCUGUCAGAGACGAGGAUUGAGAAACGCAUCGUCAUCACCGGCGACUGUGACAUCGACCACGACCAGGCACUGGCCCAGGCCAUUAAGGAGGCCAAAGAGCAACAUCCUGACAUGUCUGUUACCAGAGUGGUGGUUCAUAAAGAAACUGAACUGGCUGAGGAGGAGGAUUGACUGAACUCAGAGCUGAAGCCCACUGUGACUGUUUUCUGUUGACAUCGACUGAACUUCAUCAUCCUACGACGACCGACAGACGGGAGGAGGAGAAGAAUGGGAGGAUUAAAGUGAAGCUCUUCUUUCUGUGGUGCAUCUGAAUCCCUUCACCGCAAAACAACCAAGAAAAAGAAAAAUAAUGUCCUCGCUCUUCAGUGAGGGAAUCAAAAAGAACCACUUUGUUUAGCUUAACAUUUGUAGCUCGUUUUUAUUUUUUAUUAGUGCUUUUUUUCUUUAACUGUUUUACAAAAAAAGAGAGAAGAUAGCGACGUCUGUCAUGUAUUGCAAAGAUAAAAACAAAGGAUGCACCAAAUUCUGAUCAGAUUUGAAGCUGAAAAGAAAGAUCUUCACAUCCUUUUAUCGAUUCUUUCACCAGUUGCAGUUCAGUAAAAAUAAGCUUUUAUCUUAACGAUUACUAUUAAAAUCAAACAAAUCUUUUGAUUUUAAUAACCAGAUUUUUUGGUGUAUUUCUUUAAAAAAGUGAUUUGUUAAAUUACAGCUCCCCCUCUCAGUUGAGUGUAAAUGGAGAGUAAUAUAAUAUAUCUCAUUUUAAAAAGCGUAGGACUGAAGAAAACACUUUUUUUUCACAUUCACAGUCGAUAAACAGUAGAAAUAUCACCUUUUCUUACUAAUAAUUACAGAAAACUGGGAGCUGUAACUUAAAAUAUUGCAGUAAAAAAAAAAAAAUCCUUUUUUGUUUAUUUUUGUUUCUAUCUUUUUUCUCCUGUAAUAAUAGUUUUAAUUCAUCCACAUUCCUUGUGUGUGACUAGCGGCUGAGAAAGUUCAUUUUCAGCUCAAUUUGACUCAAAAAGUGACUUUUUAACGUUUAUAAAAGAUACAAAUGGAGCGUAUUUCAUAAAAAGGGGUUCAGUUUUAAUCAGUGGAAUUUCAACAUUUUUAUAAUUAGUUUUUACUAAAUUUAAAUAAAUUUGAGCUGAGAAUGAACUGCCUGUCAAGCUGAGCGGCUCUGUACAGAACGAAUGAAGGUUGUUAGAUGGGAGCAGCUCUCAUUGGCUGAACACACUGCCUGGGCCCGCCCACUUUAUGACACUAACCAGUCCUAUUGGGCCGCGGGAGGGCAAAGGGAGGCUUUCUGAUUGGGAGAGUGCCAACUGACGACUUUGGGAGUGAAAAAAUAUGAAAUGCGAUUGAAAGUUGGCCUUAUUAAUGGGGGAAAAAAAGGCGAGUUUUGGCGCGUUACUGUGCAUCCUGUGAUGAAAGUUUUUCUUCUAAGGAUGAAGCUUAAUACAGAAUUAAUCCAGCAGUUUAAAUUAUUCCAAACAAGUUACCAAAACAAUGACAACUUGACCGUUUCUGCGAGUUUUCUUGCUCGAUAUGACGUCAAACUCAACACAUUUUCUGACUUUUUUUUAAAAUCUCGAGCGACUCUAGCUUCGAUGCUACAGUGUUGAUUGGUUUUGGAGUGUGUAGAUGACCGAUUAUCUCAUCUAGAUACGAUUUUCUGACAUUGUCUGGCUGUUUUUCCGCAACCAAACAUCCUGCUGCAUGAACGUGAUUUAUUAUUUUACACUCAAAGCAGUUCCAACACGACGGUAAACAGCAGCUUAAAGGGACUCGUGUCGAAGGGUUUGAAGUGCUCUUGAAACCCCCUUAAAAGGAAACUCGUGUUUUUCAUCGAAAUGUGAGUUGUGCGUGUAAAUAUCGGUGGCGCUAAAUGUGUUGGCGCAAGACGCAGAUUUUCAGUGAGAGCAGCGACGAACGGAGGCGAAUUCUGCAGAAAUUUCACUGAUUGUGGGCAAAGAAGUGCCACAGAAAACUGAACAGGUUAUUCCAUGAAAAGUCAGUCAGACCUCCUCAGAAUCUGAAGUUUUUUAUGUACAGUAACUUCAGUUUGUUUAUUCAAACCGUGCAAAGUUUCACCUUCACACUGAGUUGAAGAGUUUCAGGCACUGGAAGUACAAAGUUUUGGAUUUGAGCCUCAUAACUUCAUCAGUUCAGUAAAUAGACGCAUGAUAUUUUCAGGGCUGAAAAUCACAUUUCAAUUCUGUUAUAAACUGCAGCCAGACCAGUUUUACAUCGAUCCAGGUGUCCCAGUCUAAAGACUAAAUCUGAUUUCUGUUCCAAAAUGACACAAGCAAGACAAAGCUUUGUGAAAGAUGUGAAACAACAUGAACGAGGUCCCGAACCAUGAAAAAAGCAACAAAUAAACCAAACAGAAGCAAGACCGAAAAGAAAGAAACUUACUGUGAAAACAACAGACAAAAUGCUAAAAAAAUGACAACGCAAAACAAGAAAAAGAGACAAAAUCAGACACAAGAUGAUUUAAAAAAUGACAAAAACCUGUUUUCCAUCCAUCCAUUUGUCAGAAACUCAAGACUAAAUCUGAUUUCUGUUUGAUUUUUUUCUCAAUAACCAACUUUAAACAUCAAUAUUAUGGAAUGUAUCAUAGUUUGAACAGCAACAGCAGUUUAAUGUUUGACAUGGAGUCAUAGAAAUAGUCAUAGGUACCCUGGAUGUGUUUGUUUUCUGAUAAUUCACUGGAGAAAACUUUAAAAAGCGCAUUCUGAGUAAAUAUUUAAGGCUCAGAUCAGCAUGUGUUAGAGGGGGUUGGUCAGAAGAAGUUUAAGACAAUGAAAGAGUCAUUUUUACUCGCAUUAGAUACCAGAAUAAUCUACUAGACACAAUUCACUCUGUGGUCAAAUGCUUUUUUCUUUUCAUUUUGUGCACUUUUUGUGACAUUUGGGGGUAAUUAGUAGAGAACAGAAACACAUCCAGGGCACCAGUGAUUGUUUCUAUGACUCUAUGUUGUAGACAUUAUUGUGCUGAACAAAAACGACAUUUAGUGUUUAGAUUGUGACUCCCGUAUCGAUGUAAAACUGAUCUGGUAGCAGUUUUUACCAGAACUCAUCAUGCGUCUAUCUGCUGUACUGAUGAAAUGAUGGAAGAAUCCCAAAAACGUUCUUCUUUAAGGGCUUUAACUCUGAAAAUAUACAAGUAUGAAGGUAAAACUUUGCACGGCUUCCUUAAAUAUAUCAAAGUUCUUGCAGAUUUUUUAAAAAUGAGCUGAUUCUGAUGGUAUUUCUUGGUCAGAUUUGGUUGAUUUUUCUAUGAAGUAACCCAAGAAAUCAAACAUUCCACCUGGACUUUUGUAGAUACAUCCACUGGACAUUUUUUAUUUUAGUAAACCUGACAUGCGUUCUCCAGAAAAGCUGAUCAGAUUAAGGCUUUUUAACUUGUUUGUACCAGCAGCAGUGCACAUUUUUCCCACCUUGUCCAGCAGGAGUUAAAAAGCGGCUUUUUGGGGGGGGAUCGCUGGUCUGAGCUCGACUAUGCAGUUAUAAAAACAUUCCACGAGGGGGAAGCUUUAACCUCUGACCCUCUUGCAAAGACGACAAAAGCAGCAGAAAAACUUUUAAAAAGCAGACACUAGGCAGCUUCGGAAGCUUUCGCUGUUCCAAAAACAGAAAUCUGUAACAUCACAGCGACUAUAUUUGUAGAUUUUCUCGUUUUUUUCUCUGUGAUCUACUUGUUGGAAGGUGGGUUUCUCAUACCUCCCCUCUCUCUCUCUGUCUCUCUAUUGCAUAUUUGUAAAAUGUGUUUUUGGACUGAAGCACCACUACGAAUCAAAAUCUGCCACUGCUUUCCUCUUUUUUUUUUCUUUUUUUUUUUGUACUUUUCGCCCCUCUGCUCUCAAUCAGGAGCUUCAACGCUGCCAGGUCGGGCUUUUCAAAAUCAAAUCGAUUGGAUUUAACACCGAGGAAAACCGAACCUCACGAGAAAGUUGCAAAAAUUUCAAUGCCAGCUGAUUUCAAAAACCAUCAGGGACUGGAUUUUGUAGCAUUAAACUCACACGGUGUCUUUUUUCCUUCACUUUUAAAGUCAAAUUCUGAAUUCUACACUCAAAUCUCAGGCUCUGAAACCAGCACAGUUUUGUAUUUGCGUUAAAACAGUAAAAAAAAUUGAACACAUUUAGUGGAGAAAACCCGACCGGCGGCGGCGGCGCUUCCUGUCAGCUAACAGUGAUCACUGGUAGAUUUUAUCUGUCUAGAAGCUUAAAUGUUUUGUGUCUCCCCACACAGACACUCCUGCCCCUGUGUAACACUGUUUAAAUAAAGGAUUGUUAUACUCUGA